AUGCGCUUUCAACCGCUUGCCAGCUGUUUCUUCGCUCUGUUGGGCGAGGCUGCGGCGGAUUCGCUGCGCUCUGUCCUUUCUUCGCGCAGCUCUUUUUCCGAUCUUUAUAACGUCCUGCACUUUCACGAUCUGCUCAAAGACAUCGAUCGAAUUCAAAAUGCGACAUACUUUGCACCCAAUAACGACGCGCUGAAGUACUUAGCUGACUUCGGCAUUAACCUCACAACGGCGGAUCCCAGCAUUGCUAGAGCACUACUCUACUAUGGUCUCAUCGAUGGGCAACACUCCGUCGAGUCAAUUCUUCAGGACGACGACAUCCAGCUGGUCCAGUCAGCACUGCACCCGCCCUUGUUCACUAACGUGACAGACGGCCAGGCUCUCAAGCUCAGGACGAAGAGAAACGGCGAGCACUCGACUGUUGUGCUUGAGACGGGCCUGCAAGUCCUUACGAAAUUAGUGGAGACGGACAUCAGAUUCGAUCACGGCGUACUUCAUGGUACAAGCACCAACAUGGUUCUGCCACAUAACAUCUCGGAGACCUUGAACCUUGGAAAUCUUCAUGAAUUCCUACGUCUGGUCAAAGUCACAGAUCUCGUGCCAGAGCUGGAGAGUUUGGCAGACGUUACGUUUCUGUUCCCACAUGAUAAGGCCAUUCAGAAGCUGCGGCCAGUCCUGGACAUUCUGAGCCCUAUUCAACUCGCCGCUUUUGUUAGAAACCAUGCCAUCCCAAAUCACGUACUGUAUGGUAAAGUGAUCGGGAGUGCAAACAAGACUCUGCAAACUGUUGCAGGCGGGAGUGCAACCAUUCGACGCUACGGCAAGGGUCAAGCCUACGUCAACGACAUCCCAAUCGUUCGCGAGGACAUCCUUAUCUACGGUGGCGUAGCGCACAUUGUCGAUGACGUUCUUUUCCCGGAUCCCCGUGAGUUUCCCCAUUGA